UUGAAAUCAUGUAUUUUUGAAAUUGUCAUUAUUUCAUUAAAAAAGAUGUCAAACUUAUCAUCAAUUUUUUCACAAAUACCUUUAGAAGAUACUAAACGAGCAAUGCAGCUAAAAAACCAAGGCAACAAACUUUUAUUAGAAAAAUCAUUUUCGGAAGCAAUCAAGCUUUAUUCUCAAGCUAUAGAGCUAGAUCCAACUAAGGCAGUUUAUUUCACUAAUAGGGCAUAUGCUUAUAUAAAUCUUGAGUCAUAUAGAUUGGCUAUCGAAGAUGCUUCUAAAGCUAUUUCCAUUGAUCCAUCUUACUUAAAAGCAUAUUAUAGGCGAGCAAUAGCAUAUACAGCUACUUUGCGCCACUCAGAUGCAUUGAAAGACUAUCAUACUAUAAUAAAACAUAUUCCUAAUGAUUUUGAAACUAGAAGAAAAGCUAUUGAAUGUGAAAAGAUAAUUCGUAGAAUAAAAUUUGAAAAAGCUAUUGAUGUAGGAGAAGAGUCUUCUGCUACAGAAGGAAUCGAUUUUGAUGCUAUUGUCAUAAAGGAUGAUUAUGAUGGAGAACGAUUAGGCGAAAGCAUGACGCUAGAAUUCAUAAAUGAUAUGAUUUCUAGAUUUUCUAAUGGAAAAAAGAUUCAUCUAAAAUAUGUUUAUCAAAUAAUUCUUUCAAUCAAAAAAAUCCUUAGUUUAGAACCAACAAUGAUAGAAGUUGAUAUAAAAUCUGACCACAUUCUUACAAUUUGUGGAGAUAUACAUGGACAAUAUUUCGACUUACUUGAAAUAUUUAGAUUAAACGGAAAACCUUCGGAAACCAAUCGUUAUUUGUUUAAUGGAGAUUUUGUUGAUCGAGGUUCAUGGUCAACAGAAGUUGUUCUUUUACUUUACGCUUAUAAAUGGCUAUAUCCUACUGGAAUUUUUCUUAAUAGAGGGAAUCAUGAAACCGAUGAUAUGAAUAAAAUAUAUGGAUUUGAGGGAGAAUGCAAAGCAAAAUAUACAGAACGUACUUUUAAACUAUUUUCAGAGUCCUUUAAUUGCUUGCCUCUUGCAACAUUAAUAGGUCGCACUUACUUAGUAAUACAUGGAGGGCUUUUUUCAAACGAUAAUGUUACAUUAAAUGAUAUAAAAAAUAUUGAUAGAAUUUCUAAAAAACAACCUGGAAAUACAGGUCUAAUGAUGGAAAUUUUAUGGACAGACCCUCAGCCUUCAUUAGGUCGUGGUCCUAGUAAAAGAGGAGUAGGGUUGCAAUUUGGUCCAGAUGUUACAAAAAAGUUUGUAGAAGCCAAUAAUCUAAAAGCCAUUAUCAGAAGUCAUGAAGUUAAACCUAAUGGCUAUGAAGUAGAACAUAAUGGAUAUUGUAUUACUGUAUUUUCUGCUCCUAAUUAUUGCGAUACUCAGGGAAAUAAGGGUGCCUAUAUCCGAAUAGGACCUAAUCUAGAAUUGGAGUUUAAAACUUUUGAUGCGGUUCCUCAUCCUAAUAUACCACCUAUGAAGUAUGCAACUGGUCUAAUAUCUAUUAUGUAAUUUAUACUCAUAAUAAUCUUGG